UUACUGAAGAGUGUGAAUUAUACUUGAACCGUGAAUCUGAAACAGAAAAUCAAAUCGAAAAACGUAAUCACUUAUUUGCUGCAUGAAGAUACAAAAUGGUGUAAACAAGGAAUCGAAAAUGAACACAAAUUUAAAACACCUUAAUAUAACAAACCUAAAAACUCUUCUACGAAUAACAAAAGUAUCAAAUAUUAAAAGAACAUUUUAUCAAAUUAAAGAACCGACCUGUUUAUGUGGGUAUGUCUACCAUAGACAAGAUAGAAAUAGACUUAUCCGUUUGUAUUCCUCGCACACAGAUCAUCAUAGACAAAAAGUAAUUAUAGAAACGUCAACACCUAAAAUAGUUAUAGACAAGAGAGAUGAUGUCCUCAGAGAAGAAAAAAGUAUUGAUGUUAGAUUAUCAACUUUAUGGAAGAAAGUGGAUCCUUAUGUUAAGUUAGCAAGAUGGGAUAGACCUAUUGGUGUGUACCUCCUAUAUUGGCCUUGUUCGUGGUCGAUAGCGUUAGCUUCCAUCCCGGGCAAUGUGCCCCUACAUGUGACAUUGCAGACAGCAGGCCUGUUUCUAUUGGGUGCGGGGUUGAUGAGAGGUGCUGGAUGUACCAUUAAUGAUAUGUGGGAUAAAGAUGUGGAUGCUCAAGUGGAACGUACCAAAGACAGACCGUUGGUCUCCGGUGUGAUAUCAAAUAAACAAGCCGUUGGAUUCCUGGCGGCACAACUUAGUCUUGCACUUACUGUACUGUUACAGUUAAAUUGUUAUAGCAUAGUGCUCGGUGCUAGUAGUAUGUUAUUAGUAAUAACGUAUCCAUUAAUGAAGAGAAUAACAAACUACCCUCAGAUAUUCUUAGGGGCUACGUUUAAUUGGGGCGCAUUGCUAGGAUAUACAGCUAUACAGGGUGAUCUAAACCCGCUUGUAUGUCUGCCGCUAUAUACAGGGGCGCUCGCAUGGACGGUCGUGUAUGACACUAUAUAUGCACACCAAGAUAAAGAAGACGACGCUCGUAUAGGUAUGAAAUCCACCGCGUUGACAUUCGGCUCACACACGAAGCCUGCGCUCAGCGGAGCCCUAGCGCUCAGCGUGACGUCACUGGCGGCCUCCGGCGCCGCCGCCGGCCUCCAGCUGCCCUACUACCUCGCGCUGGCUGCCUACACACUGCAUGCGGGGAGACAGAUUUACACACUAAACCCAGAUAAUCCAAGCGAUUGUGCUGACAAAUUUAAAUCUAAUUCUAUGGUAGGUUUAAUUAUAUUAUUAGGUAUAAUAGGAGGAGGUUAUAAACAAUAUAUAGAUAAUAGACAGAAAAAUAAAGGCAAGGAAAACGUUGAUAUAACAAAAAGUUGCAUAUUUAGCAGCUUACACACGUCAAAAAUGGGUAAAGGCAAAGCUUAUCCUAUUGGAGAACGUAAUAUUAUUUUAAAAGUUGUUAAUUUUUUCUAUAAAGAAAAACAAGUAGGAUCUCCAAUAAUACCCGUAAAGCGUGCGUUAGACCGCGCUAGUGAGGCUACAGGUGUCUGUAUUCGUACUUUACGAAACAUUAAAAAUGAAGCCAAAAAAUUAAGAAUAACUGCUACACCAAGUACAUCUUAUAUACAUAAAAAAAUUCCAACUCCGAAGAAGUACAAGUCAAGUGAGAAGAAACAAAUAAUGGAAUCGAACAUUGAGAGUAUAACAAGCCUAGACUCAACAAAUCUUUGCAUGUCUUGUUUAUGUGUGGAUCAGCCUCUCCAAGAAUUGAAAUCGGGAAAUAUACUAAACUAUUAUUUGGAUUGUAUUCGUGAAGUUACCCUUAAUGACAUUCCAAAGUCUGUAAUCGUAUGCUGGCAGUGUGAAGCAAUGUUGAGAAAAGCUGUGAACUUCAAAGAACAUAUUAAGGAGACAUAUAGAAUAAUUCAAACAUGUACAAAUGAGAAUUAUGAACAUUUGUGUAAACCAGCCAGACUAACAGUGUAUAACAAUAAGUCUUUAGAUUUAUAUAGUGAUUGUAAUCGGAUUAAUGAUUGUAAUGAAAUUGAUUCCAAAGUGACAAAUAUUAAAAUUGAACAUGAAGAUGAAGAUGUAAGUAAUAAAACAAAUAUGCAAACAGAUUUUGAACCAAAUGAUAAUAUAACCUUAAAUGAAGAAAUCAAUAGGAUAAUAAAUCAAUAUGAUGAAAGUUCAAUAACCCAUACAAGAAACUCGGACAAACAAACAGAUGAACUAAUACAGAAUAAAUAUAAUAAAAUCCAGAAUAAACAGAACAAUACAGAAGAUAGUUCAAAUAUUGAGAAUGAACAACAAAAACUUCCUGAACAAAACAAGAGAGAAAGAGAUAGCAAUCAAGAUGUUAGAAAGAGAAGGAAAUGUGAAAAUCAAAACGAAACGUGGGAGAACUCACAGAAUGAGAUAUUAACAGUGAAGAUGAGUUAUGAAGAGAUGUUGUCAGAAAGAGAGAAAGAGAAAGAAAGAGAAGUAUUCACAAAAACUCAAUACAAAUGUGAUACUUGUAUUAUAGGUUUUGAUAACCCCAAAUUAUACAAUAUCCAUGUAAAGAAAAAUCAUUCUCCGGAUAUAGGAAAUCAUAUCUGUUUAAUAUGCAGUACAUUAACUUCAACUAUUGAAGCGAGUAAAGAACAUUAUAAAACACAUUUUUUGAGAUAUGAAUGCAAAAUAUGUAAAGAAAGUAGUCUAAAUAUAUUCGCUAUUGAAGAACAUUACUUCAAAAUACACGGGAAAUCAUCAACACAACACAACAGUGAAAUUUCAGAAUUCUCUUCAGAUGAUAGUGAUGAUGACUUGGACAUUUUACAACUAUUGGAUGAUGAUGAUGACUUUCUUUCACCUCUGUGCCCUACAAAGGAUCGGCAGACAGCGGUUGUUCCGGGGAAUCUCCGAAACGGUUGGGCUGAUUUUGACCGGACUUUCACUGGAGGGUAGCUGACAUAGACCAGUAUA